AUGGCCAUUAUAAUGCAGCAAAGCCCACAAGAUGCCAGCUAUUUCUGGCGAAGCAGUUCAGACACCUGGACGAGCAAUCAUGUAUGGGAACCACAAGAGCGCAGACGCUCCAUGGACGAUGAAGAGGAAGUUCUCUACGAACUCGACGAAGUCGCCCUAGCACAACUACCACUGCAUCUCCAACACAACAUGCGUCAAAUACAGCUGGAACGAAUACGCAAACUACUGCACGACCGGGAUCCGGACUUCGGGCUUGACCCCAGACCUGUACACCCUAAUCCCUACGCGCAAACCUGGUUCAAGAACAUGAUGGCGCGACUCUCAGCAGACCAAGAGAUGAAUGAAGUCCACGAAUGGCGCCAGUCAGUGCAGCUUGACGGCGAACCAGACGACACUACCUGGCCUCUGGUUCCACGGCAGUGGACAGGCAACAGACAGCACUAUGAUCGGAGAACCUGGCACUUUGAUCAUGCGACUUCGGGUGAAAAUAGUUUCAACGCGUAUUCGACAGGCAGCACACGUGUAUGCAGUCUGCAUGGUCUGGGGGUCAAUGAGUUUGGAUUCCGCCUAUGCGAGUCUGGUUCACAUGGUAGCAGAGACCAGAAGCAGGAGGUCGGAAAGGUCUCUUCGAAGCCUCGGAAGAGAAAAUUGUCUCUUAUUACGCAUAUGCGGGCUCAUGUGCGUUUUCGGGUACGCAAGAGUGUUCAGAAGCUAAGCAAGAUCCUGAAGAAGUGA